GGGGCGGGAAGCGGCCGGGACCUGACGCUCGCCAGGUGACUCCCGUCCCCUCCCUCGGCCUCGCCGUUUCCUGGGCGCCAAACGUCGGGCGGCUGGCGGGGCGGCGCGCGGCUCGGGGCGCUCCUGGCCAUACCUCUCAUCAUUGUAUGGAUGGACAUUUGAGAGUGCUGUUGUCAAAUGCUUGCAAGCAUGGAAACUUCAUCAAUGCUGUCCUCGUUGAAUGAUGAGUGUAAAUCAGACAAUUACAUUGAGCCUCACUACAAGGAAUGGUAUCGAGUAGCCAUUGAUGCACUAAUUGAACAUGGGUUAGAAGCAUACCAAGAAUUUCUUGCCAAGGAACGAGUAUCAGACUUCCUAGCUGAAGAAGAAAUUAAUUAUAUUUUGAAAAACGUCCAGAAAGUUGCACAAAGUACAGCACACAGCACUGAUAACUCCUAUGAUGAUACCUCAUCUUCAGGGACUUACUGGCCCAUUGAGUCUGAUGUGGAAGCUCCAAAUCUUGACUUAGGCUGGCCAUAUGUGAUGCCUGGACUCUUGGGAGGCACCCAUAUAGACCUCCUCUUUCAUCCACCAAGAGCACAAUUACUUACAAUUAAGGAAACUAUUCGGAAGAUGAUCAAAGAAGCAAGAAAGGUCAUUGCUUUAGUGAUGGAUAUAUUUACAGAUGUGGACAUUUUCAAAGAAAUAGUAGAGGCAUCAACUCGAGGAAUAUCUAUAUACAUUCUGCUUGAUGAGUCCAACUUUAAUCAUUUCCUAAAUAUGACUGAAAAACAGGGCUGUCAAGUUCAACGACUCAGGAAUAUUCGAGUGCGGACAGUAAAAGGCCAAGAUUAUCUUUCCAAGACAGGAGCAAAAUUUCAUGGAAAAUUGGAACAGAAAUUUUUGUUAAUUGACUGCCAGAAAGUUAUGUAUGGUUCCUACAGCUACAUGUGGUCAUUUGAAAAAGCUCACCUCAGCAUGGUUCAGAUAAUCACAGGACAACUUGUUGAGUCCUUUGAUGAAGAAUUUAGAACUCUCUAUGCCAGAUCCUGUGUCCCCAAUUCAUUUGCUCAGGAAGAAUCAGCAAGGGUGAAACAUGGCAAAACACUCUGGGAGAAUGGCACCUACCAGCGUUCACUUUCUUCAUUAGCUUCCGUUUCGAGCCAAAGAAACCUUUUUGGCAGACAAGACAAAAUUCAUAAGCUAGAAUCUAGUUAUUUCAAAAACAGAGGAAUAUAUACUCUAAAUGAACAUGACAAAUAUAGCAUAAGAAAUCAUGGAUACAAGCCUCAUUUUAUUCCAAACUUUAAUGGCCCAAAUACAGUCCGUCAGUAUCAAUCCAGUCAGAUAAAUGAAAAUUGGAAGAGGCAUAGUUAUGCUGGGGAACAGCCAGAAACAGCACCAUACCUGCUGCUUAACAGGGUUCUGAAUCGAAACAUUAAUCCUCCAGGUAAUUGGAAAAAGCCUUCAGAUAGUCUUAGUGUGGCCUCCUCAUCACGAGGAGGCUAUGCAAGCCACCGUAACACACCUGCCCAGAGUUUUGCUGAUCGGCUUGCCCAGAGAAAAACAACAAAUCUUGCAGAAAGGAACUCAAAUGUGCGGAGAUCUUUCAACGGGACGGAUAAUCAUAUUCGCUUUUUGCAGCAAAGAAUGCCAACCCUUGAACAUACCACAAAGUCAUUCUUGCGUAACUGGAGAAUUGAAUCCUACUUAAAUGAUCAUUCAGAAGCUGUACCUGAUUCAAAUGGAUCGGCUCUAGGUGACCGGUUUGAGGGCUAUGAUAGUUCUGAAAAUUUGAAAGCCAAUGCCCAUUACACUCAUUCUCGGCUUCGUUCCUCUUUUGUGUUUAAACCAACAUUACCUGAACAGGAAGAAGUUAACAGUUGUACAACUGGCUCCUCAAAUUCAACAGUCAUUGGUUCCCAGGGAAGUGACACACCUAAAGAGGUUCCGGACACCCCUACGAGUGUACAGCAUACGACAGACAAACCUGUGCCAGAAUCAGCCCCUAAGCUCCCAUUGCAGUCAGAGGCACCAAAAAUGCACACCUUGCAGGUUCCCGAAAACCACUCAGCAGUCUUAAAUCAAACUACAAAUGGCCAUACAGACUCAAACAACUAUUUAUAUACAUCCUUGUGUGUAAAUAAGCAGACAGAAAAUCUGAAGAAUCAACAAAAUGAGAAUCUGCUCAAAAGGCGAAGUUUCCCAUUCUUCGAUCACUCAAAAGCCAAUUUAGAUCACGGACAUAGUAAGCAUUAUGUCUAUAGUACACUUACCAGGAAUCGAGUUAGACAACCAGAAAAACCCAAAGAGGAUUUGUUGAAAAGUUCUAAAAGCAUGCACAAUGUGACCCAGAGCAUAGAAGAGGACAGGGAGGUCAUCAAGAGAGAACCUCCAAGUGGCCCUACUGCCAAGUCAAUUUCCAUUGCCGCUUUGCUUGAUAUGAAUAAAGAUGAACCUAGCAAAGAACUCACUUCAAAGAAGGAAGUUAAAGGUUCUCCAAGUUUCUUGAAAAAGGGAUCUCAGAAGUUAAGGUCAUUACUUAGCCUUACCCCAGAGAAGAAAGAAAAUCUAUCCAAAAAUAAAGCACCUGCCUUUUAUAGAAUGUGUAGUAGUUCUGACACUUUAGUUUCUGAGUCUGAAGAUAAUCAAAAACCAAAAAAAUCAGAACCAAAAAUGGAUUCAUCUCCUAGAAGAAAGCGUUCUUCCUCAUCAAAUUCUCAAGGCAGUAUUCACAAGAGUAAGGAAGAUGUAACGGUUAGCUCACCUCAGGGGAUGAAUUCUCCACCCAAUGAAAGUAGUAAAAGAAUGCCUUCUCCAGGUCCAGUUGAAAACAAGUUCUUGGAAAGAGCAGGAGAUGCCUCUGCCCCUAGAUUUAACACUGAACAGAUCCAAUACCGAGAUUCAAAGGAGAUUAAUACAGUUCUUGCUCCUGAAAGAAAACCAGCUUCUUCUCCAAGGCCUAAACCCAAUGAGCUUCUAAGAUCUCAUUCAACUGACAGGCGCAUUUACAGUCGCUUCGAGCCAUUCUAUAAGAUUGAAAGUUCUAUUCAGCCAGCAAGCAACGUACCAAAUACUGGUGUGCACCGCCCAGAAAUAAAAUCCACAACUGUGGGCAAUAGUUAUGGCAGGUCCAGCCCGAUGCUUAAUUACAACACUGGUGUUUAUCACUCAUACCAGCCAAAUGAAAACAAGUUCCGAGGAUUUAUGCAGAAGUUUGGAAACUUUAUACACAAAAAUAAAUGAAAUAGGAUAAUUUCAAAUAGUUGUUAAAACACAAAUGACUAUAGCUAUAAAUAUUUCUCCAAAGAAUAUUGUGGACAGUUUUUGUAACAUGCCAAUAGAUUUUUGUAGGGAAGAGAGUUUGUGGUACGACAUGUUUACCACUGUACUGAUAUACAGUGAAGUUGAAGUUGCUCUGUGUGAUAAAGUUAGUUGUGCUUAAUUACAAUGUAAAUGGAAUGUCUCUAUAUACAUGAUUUUUAAAUGGUAAUGGCAAAAAAUGUAAUAUUUUCUUCAGACUCAAGAUAUUCUUAAGUCUCAAAUAGAAACUUUAGUGGAGAGACAAUGUAUGGAUUUUAAGCAUUUAUUCUGAAGUCUUUCCUUUUAAAAAAGGAUCAUAGUACUAUCAGUGGCCCUCUAUAACAUAUCUUUGUGGGUUUUCAUAUCUCCAAAUUAUGAGAAAAUAGGACAAAGCCUCUUUGGGUUUUAAUUCCCUUUAAACUCUAUAGAAUAAGUUAUGUUUUAUUAAUAUUUCAUUAAUUUUCCUAUGAAGCAUAUACAACUGGUCGGGCAGCAACAGUGCAGUUUAAACCAUGUAGCUCAGCAUAUCUUUAAUUUUGACUGAAGUGUUUGCAAAGGAUCAGCCUCAUGUAGUACAUGGUAGAAAUUUAUUUUCCUAAUUUUGUGAAAACCAUACACGUUGUCCUUUUCUAUUCUGGACCAAGGGAGCCCAUACCUCACUCAUCAGUGAGCUGCUGAACUUUCAUAGUCAUUCCUUCCCUGAAAUUAGAGCAAGCAGCAGAUAAUUUAGGAAACCUGAGUUAUACCUCUCUUUCUAAGAUAAAAAAAAAAAAAAAAGCUUUUAGAAAUGUAAACUUCUAUGUAAUUUUUUAUCUUAGAUCAGUAUGACAAUGCUUAGGUGUUUUGCUUGCAAAAGUCCUUGCUCUUUUUCACGCUGGGCCAAAUAUACUGUGAGUGCAUAGUGUUUGCAUGAAAAGUACUGUGAUGAACAUGAGAAGUGCUAUCUAGCCUAAUUCUUUCAUGACCAUAGACAGUUGAAAGUUUUAAAUCUCUCCAUAUCUUAACUUGACGAUGAUAUUUAGAUCAUAAGAUGCCCUUUUGACCUUCUUAGAAGUAAUUAAAGUCCCACAUGCAUUAAAGAGACUUUACCUUGGUUUUACUUCAUCCACAAAGGACAGAAUUCAAGAAAUAAUGUGUCAUUUGAGAGGUGUGAAGGGUUUCUAUAACGCUUUAAAUAUAUUAUUUAACACCUUCUAAGUUAUAAUAUGGGGCAGUAUGUUGUUUCAAAAAUUCAAGAUUCAGUCAAAUAAUAUCCAUGUCAUUAAAUAAAACAAGAGCAUUAAAAUAUCAAUCAUUAAGAUACUUUUUCUGUAGUGGUUAAAUACCAUGAUAACAUGACAAGAGAAAACAUAAUAGUAGGGAAAAGAAAACCUAACAUUUAGCUGAGCACAUGUAUAGACCAGGUCUUGAGCUAGAACCUAUAGUUCCCACAGUUAAUAUCUGCUGUGCUGGUUGACCUGUGACAAUGAAAAAGGGAAAGGAACUACAGAUUUAACUUGUAUCUAUGCUAGGGAAAGCAGCCCAUUAGGUUAGAAAGCUAGGCAGGGAAUGAAGCUCAGUGUUAAAUAUAUAACCUUGUUAAAUAUUCACAAUAGCCCUGUGAAGUCAGUAGCUCCUUUUUGCAAAUGAGAAAACUAAUCCUUUGAGAAGUUACAUAACUUUCCAGGAGUCACACAGUUCUUCAUUGGUAGAACUAGGUUUGAACACAAAAUUGGUUUUAAAUGCAAAGGCCUCUUUUUAUUACUAAACAACACCAUACUUUGCUGGCUCCUACUCCACUAUGAUUGAGGGAACUUCUGAAUGUUCUCUCUCUUUUGCUCUAUCUUUACAAAUUGCAGAAAUCUUGCAGUAACAUAGCCACUUUAUCACACUUUAUAAACAAAUCCAGAAUAUAAACUCAGUUUAACAUCAUUCAUAAAAGAAGGUUUUAAAACUCCCAUUAUAACAUAGGAAUCCCCAACUACUACAACAUGGGAUUUUACUGUUUUGGAAAGCUACAGGUAACAGAUUGAAAAUUUUGCAGACUUUCUAAUAAGUGAAUAGCAUACAAAUAAAACUUUGAGAGAGAAAACUUAUCUUUCAUAGGAAAAGUAGUCACAUCUACCAAAGUUUUGCAUUAAAAAAAAUAAUAACCAUGGGAAUGUGCAUUUGCCUAUCAUCCAGUAAGGAAGUAAGUUGCAUUGAAACAAUCUGAUUGUUAGUGGAUUAUUUUUUAGAAUUCUAGAGAUUGUAUCAUCUUCAUAUAUUAGUAUCAACUUUUAAAAAGCAUUAGAAUUGGAGUCCAGUGAAUGAAAGAGAAUUUUCCUUUUGCUCUUAGAACAAUUCACUUUUUAAAUUCUGGAUCAUGGUCCUUUACCCACUUGCCAAAGACAGAACCCACAGUUACCCAAACCAGAUUGACUUUAAUAUUAACCAUUCUUUGUCUGUUAGAUGGGACAUUUUUCAGGUGUAAGGGGAUAAUGGGCCGCUCUGAAAGUGGAAGUCCUAAGAUGUAGAACAAGAUAACUUUGAAGCUGAAAUUACAUAGACUAGUUUUAAUCAUUUUUAAAUUACAAGCAAAAAGCCUGUUGCCUUUUUACAGCAACUGCUACCAUUUCUGGAAGCAGACAGCUUUUAAAUAGUUGCUGAAUUGCUCCUCUCCCUAGUGGCAUUGAGAAGUGCAGGAUGCUUUGUUUCAGGAUGCUGUGACAGGUAGCUUCAGCUUUUGUACAGAUUUAUUCUCUUCUGACUUUUGUCUUUAUUUUCCUUUUAUUUAUUUAUUUUUCACUUCAGAAACAUCUGUAUAUCAGAAUCUUUGUGUAGUAACUUUCCCAAGUUUCUGGGGCUGAGAAAUUCCUCAGGGUGAAGGCUGAGCAAGCACAUAACACUUCAAAUAAUUUACUCAAGAGUUUAAGUUUUAAACAGACUUCACAAAUGUAAUCAUUUCAAGCAAAAUACUUUUGUUUUCUCCCCAUAUUAAUAUUGGUGGAAAGAUAAUGACACUUAGGUGUACUUUCAUAUUAAAGGUUGGUAAGGCAGUUUUUACUCUCUACGUAAUAUAUUAGUUUGUAAGCAGAAACUCAAGAAAGUAAGUAUGAAUUCAAAUAGGUCUUGGCAGAUACCUUUACAGUAGUUUUAAGUGCCUAUAUUCUGAACAUGCUGGUAUCUAUUAGAAUGAUUGGGAUUAGCCAUAAUUCUAAUGUGGCAUAUUGAGUAAUGGGUAUAUGUUGGCAGUCUACUUUUAUGGAAGCAAGUAUCUCGUUUAAUCAAGAUGACAUCUAGUGUGAUCCAGAUAAGCAAGGAAGAAGUUGAACUCUGGCUACAUUCAACAUUAACUUUACUCAAGAUUAUCUAGUUAUUCAACUAUUAUUCCAAAGAUUUGUCAUGAAAGACAAAUAUGACUCAAUGUGACUAUGGCUAAGGGAAAUAAGUAAAUCAUUUAUUUCACAUUAACCAUGUCUGAUACUGUUUCUUAAAAAGUUUAUUUUAAUAUUUAGUUUGGUUCUAGCAUAUUUAAAAUGAAAAGGAUGAAAUUAUAAACCAAAGAGUCAUUUUUUUAUAUAUCUAAAUGUUAUCAAAGAAAUAUUCUUCCAAAGUAGCUUGUUUUUAGAUCUAAUAAAUGAAUAUUAAAUAAUUUUGUACAAACAUCAA